GGCACCGUUGGCGCGAGAUAGGAAAGUGCCGCCGGUGCCGCGCUCCGGCCCCGCUCCCGACCUCGGCCCGGCCCCGCCAUGGCCCGCCGCACCCGCGGUGAGGACCAAGAUGAGCUGCGCUACCAGGAUACCGAAUCGGAUGUGCCAGAGCAGCGGGAUGGCAGGUGCAAAGUCAAGUGGACCCAAGAAGAGGAUGAGCAGCUGAAGAUGUUAGUAAGCCACUAUGGGCAGAAUGACUGGAAAUUCCUGGCCAGUCACUUUCCUAACCGCAGUGAUCAGCAGUGUCAGUACAGGUGGCUGAGAGUGUUGAAUCCAGACCUGGUUAAGGGCCCUUGGACCAAAGAAGAGGACCAAAAGGUAAUUGAACUGGUUAAAAAAUAUGGCACCAAACAGUGGACCCUGAUAGCCAAGCACCUGAAAGGGCGGUUAGGGAAGCAGUGCCGGGAACGCUGGCAUAACCACCUGAACCCUGAGGUGAAGAAGUCCUCCUGGACAGAGGAGGAGGAUCGUAUAAUUUUUGAGGCCCACAAGGUCCUGGGGAAUCGCUGGGCGGAGAUUGCCAAGCUGCUGCCUGGGAGGACCGACAAUGCUGUGAAGAAUCACUGGAACUCCACCAUCAAGCGGAAGGUGGACACGGGAGGCUUUCUCAAUGAAACUAAGGAGUCCAAGUCACUGUACUUGCUCGUGGAGGUGGAUAACAAGGAGAGACAAAGUCAAAUGACACCUGAGAGCCAGAAUGUCCUGCCGAACUGGCCAGUGGAUAUCUCUGAGAUAAAAGAAGAAGAUGUCAGUGACGAGGAGGUGACGGGUGUACAGGAGUUGCCCUCGGAGCUGCCAGUGGCAGAACUGGCAGAGCAGAACAUGGAGGGAACUCCAGAAGAGGCAGCAGUGCCUGAGGAUGCCACUUCGUUCGUCGAAUCACCCUACAAGUGGGUUGUCGAAGCUGCCAACUAUUUGUACCCAAGUUGUGUGCCAGCCUUCAAUGAAGCUCUGGACAUGAUUGAAUCUGACCCAGACGGUGGGUGGUGUGACCUGACCCAGUUUGACCUGCCUGAGGAACCUUCUGCCAGUGGCAGCAGCAGCAACAACAGUCCCAUGAGGCCAACGCUGAGUGAGGCUGCGCCAUCCCUGCCCAGCAUGACCGAGUACCGCCUGGAUGGCCACACCAUCUCCGACCUGAGCAGGAGCAGCAAGGGAGAGCUCAUCCCCAUCUCCCCUCAUGCUGAGGGGAGCUUUGGCACCCCACCCUCAGUGCUGAUGAGGCAGAAGAAGAGGAAGAUCUCCCUCUCCCCUGUCACGGAGAACGUCACCAGCACCAGUCUGUCCUUCCUUGACUCCUGCAACAGCAUGACCCCCAAGGGCACCCCUGUAAAGACACUGCCCUUCUCUCCAUCUCAGUUCUUAAACUUUUGGACCAAACAGGAUACACUAGAACUGGAGAACCCAUCCCUGACCUCCACACCUGUGUGCAGCCAGAAAGUGAUUGUCACCACCCCACUGCACAGGGACAAGACCCCUCUGCCCCAGAAGAACUUAGCGUUUGUCACACCAGAUCAGACGUAUGUGGUGGACAACACGCCUCAUACUCCCACGCCUUUCAAAAAUGCCCUGGAGAAAUAUGGACCAAUUAGACCUCUGCCCCAGACUCCUCACCUGGAAGAAGACUUGAAAGAGGUGCUCCGAAGUGAAGCUGGCAUCGAACUCAUCAUAGAGGAUGAGGUGAAGCCUGAGAAACAGAAAAGGAAACAAGGGUUGCGCAGGAGUCCCAUCAGGAAGGUCCGGAAGUCUCUAGCCUUGGAUAUUGUGGAUGAAGAUAUGACACAAAAUCUGCCUGCCCUCCCCAAGACUGUGUGUUUCAAAAGAGCCCAGCCUGUGAAUUUCCUGUCAAGGUCCCUGAACCUUUCCUCCUCGAGCAGGAAGAACGACAGUCAUUUGCUCAACAGAGCUUUCAUGCAAGUGCAGCCAGAGAAAAUGUCCUACAGGAAAAUGCCAAGCCAUUUCAGGCCACCAGCACCAAUGACCAGGGCUUGGAAAGCAGUGGCCUGUGGUGGAACCCGAGACCAACUCUUCAUGCAGGAGAAAGCUCGACAGUUUUUGGGCACGUUGAAACAGAGUCACACAUCAAGGACCUUAAUCUUAUCAUGAAGGAUUGUUCUGCUUCUUGAUUUUAUUUUUUAAAACUUUAAAUAAGUGGAGGGGGAACUGCAGGAAAAAAUAUCCUCUGCCAGACCUUAGUGUGUGGGAGUGGAUUUUUCUUUUCCUUCUGUUCCCAGAUAGAUUUAUAUUGUAACAAACUGGGCUAACUGCUGGCUAGUGUGUGGAAUGCAAGCUUUGGGAUCAUUAUCGAAAGGCAAACAAAGGUUGGAGAGAUGACAGCAAGACGUCUCCCUGCAAGGCCUGAGUUCUGCAAAAAUAGAAGGAGGCAGCUGUGGUCCACCUUGGAGCAGCAUGUGCACACUGGCCUCACAGCAUCCCUGGAUUUCCUCUUGACUGCUCUAGUUCCUCAGGAAUGGCUUUUGUGAAGGUUUCUGCGUGCCUUGUGCCUCCCUCCCAGAUUUCCCCAGGGGAUAGAAUUGUCCUCCUUUGUUCAAGGAGGAGGGAGGGCAUGGUGCUUUGGGGUGAACUGUGCUGGGAGCUGGCCCCUUGCUCCCGGGGGAGUGCUUUUUUACUGCCAUGGCUCCAACUGGGAGUGGCGGGUGCCUCUUCCCAGGACGACUCCUUCAAAUAAACAAUGGUGCUCACA